AUGUCGCAACUCGAACGAGAACUGAUCGAAAGGGCCAAGGAGCGUGGCGUGGAUCGAGUAACGGCUCGUCAAACUCUCACUGAUAAGCUGUUGUGGAAGGAGAAAGGCGAAGUGGCGACGAUUCGCAUGCAACGUUGGGCGCUGUUGGUACUGAGCAAGGAUUCGGUUGGUGUGAUUCCGAAUGAAAUUUGCGCUGUUGUGAUGGAAAACGGCGAAAUAGUCGGCGAGAUGCGCCUCAUUCGACAUGGAUUCCAACCAAGCACGUUCUGCGACACCAAUACGAUGCGCCUCGAUCGUAUCAUGUGCCUCGAAGAUGUCAUUACCGUAUUUCGUCAGAUUAACGAACGAAGUACGCAGCGUGAGUCGCAUAAUGAAAAGCUGAAACAAGUUCAGGUCGACAUCGAAGAAGAUGAGCAGUACGAACAGCUUAGAGAUCUUGAACUCAGUGACACCAUCCUCUUCGCUCGAGCUGCUGCGGAGUACUUCGCAAGGGCGAUGAAAAUGUGCACGUUACCACAGCCUACAUUUGACAGUACUUCCAUCAUUCGGCACCAUAAUCCUCAUCACUUCCUCAGUCAGCACGAUCAUCAGCUAGAACAAGCACAUUUGGACAUAUCCGACGGUUCAUCUACAGUUGGUGCUGGGACUCAGGUUGCAGCACAAGGCGACAUCUGCUGGACGAUUGCACCACCUAAGUGCUCUCAGCCCGAACUCUAUCCUUUGGCACUCGAGCCGCCGAGACAACCCAUAUCGGGAAGACUAGCGACUAAUCCUUUCAACAAACCGGCAAACAUACAAGCUCCAGAACGUGGUGAGCAGUGUAUUUCUCAACAAACGUAUUGA